AGUAAAGAAUUUGUAGAAUUCCCCAUUUGACAUUUUUUAUUCAGAAAUGGGUAUUGAUUUGAAAAAGGCCGGAAGAGUAAAAAAGCCUGGUCGCAAGGCCUUGGUGAGCAAGAACCCAUACUUGCGUCUCUUGGUGAAGCUCUACAAGUUUCUCUCCAGGAGAACAGACAGUUCAUUCAACAAGGUUGUACUAAAUAGGUUAAUAUCCCCAAGGAGAUUCAAGGUACCAAUCUCACUCUCCAAGCUCUCCAAGCACAUGACCAAGAGACCAGACAGCACCGCCGUCGUCAUUGGUACCAUCACAGAUGAUAAGAGAUUGUUAAAAGUACCAAAACUAUCGGUAUGUGCAUUGCACGUGACAGAGUCCGCCCACAAGCGCAUUUUGGAGGCUGGUGGUGAGGUCUUGACCUUUGACCAGCUCGUUGCCAGGAGCCCUACCGGGGCAAAGUGCACACUAAUCAGAGGUGCCACAAAGUCCAGAGAGGCUCAGAAGCACUUUAGAAGUGGAAACGACCACAUCAAACCAUACGUUAGGUCAAAGGGCAGAAAGUUUGAAAAGGCUAGAGGCAGAAGGCACUCUAGAGGCUUUAAGGCCUAGAUGUUUU